UGCUCAACUUCAACAUAUCCCCGUCCUCCACGCACUCGAGGACUCGGCGCUCGCGCUGCCUGUCAGCCUGCCUUCCGGUUUCCUCCAGGCGCUGCUGCCGAGUGCCGAGACUCUGAUGGGGAUGGCGGCUGCUGUUCCCUGAGGGAACGCGGAGGCCCCAGUCAGGGCCGCAGGACGAGCCUGGACUGCUGGUCUGCGACAGUACGGCCGGCUGUCCUGACCGUGGGUCUCAAGGAAGAGUGUCAGCCGGCUGGAGGCCGAGAGUGCGGGCGGCGGUGGCUGAGGUUCCUCCUGCUGCAGAGAAGAAAUCUCAUCCAGGGCCAUGAUGCUCCUUUCCCAUCAUUUGUGUGCUGCCUGCUUAAGCUAACACUGCCAGAAUCCUCCUCCCUUGGAAGGAAUCAAGCUGACUUGGCAUGAGGCUUCCUUCCUGGGACUGAGAGGACACUGCUAUGGCUUCUCUAGAUGACCCAGGGGAAGUGAGGGAAGGUUUCCUCUGCCCUCUGUGCCUCAAGGACUUGCAGUCUUUCUAUCAACUUCAGUCACAUUAUGAGGAAGAACACUCAGAAGAUCGUGAUGUCAAAGGGCAAAUUAAAAAUCUCGUCCAAAAGGCUAAGAAAGCAAAGAACAAGUUGUUGAAACGAGAAGGGGAUGAUCGAGCAGAAUCAGGGAGCCAAGGAUAUGAAUCGUUCAGCUAUGGAGGUGUUGAUCCUUACAUGUGGGAGCCCCAAGAGCUUGGUACUGUGAGAAGCCAUCUUUCUGACUUCAAAAAACAUCGUGCUGCAAGGAUUGACCACUAUGUUGUUGAAGUCAAUAAAUUAAUAAUCAGGUUAGAGAAGCUCACUGCAUUUGACAGAGCAAAUACCGAGUCUGUGAAAAUCCGAGCAAUAGAAAAGGCCGUGGUGCCCUGGGUCAAUGACCAAGAUGUCCCUUUCUGUCCAGACUGUGGGAAUAAGUUCAGCAUUCGUAACCGCCGCCACCAUUGCCGCCUGUGCGGGUCUAUCAUGUGCAAAAAGUGUAUGGAGCUCAUCAGCCUGCCCUUGGCAAAUAAGCUCACCAGUGCCAGCAAGGACUCCUUGAGCACCUUCACCAGCCCCAGCCAGUCUCCCAACAGUGUUCAUGGCUCCCGCCGGGGCAGCAUCAGCAGCAUGAGCAGUGUCAGCUCAGUCCUGGAUGAGAAGGAUGAUGACCGCAUCCGCUGCUGCACACAUUGCAAAGACACACUGCUCAAGAGAGAGCAGCAGAUCGACGAGAAGGAGCACACACCUGACAUCGUGAAGCUCUACGAGAAACUACGGAUUUGCAUGGAGAAAGCUGACCAGAAAGCUCCUGAAUACAUCAGGAUAGCAGCAUCUUUAAAUGCUGGAGAGACAACCUACAGUCUGGAACAUGCCAAUGACCUUCGAUUGGAAGUGCAAAAAGUAUAUGAGCUAAUAGAUGCUUUAAGUAAGAAGAUCCUAACCUUGGACUUGAAUCAGGAUCCUCCACCACAUCCAAACACUUUGCGGCUACAGAGGAUGAUAAGAUACUCAGCUACACUUUUUGUGCAGGAAAAGUUACUGGGUUUGAUGUCACUGCCAACUAAAGAACAGUUUGAAGAACUGAAAAAGAAAAGGAAGCAGGACCUGGAGCAGAAGAGGACCAUAGAGAGACAGGCUGCCCUGGAGUCUCGGCGAGGUCUUGAGGAAAGGCAGAGUGGCUUGGCAUCUCGUGCGGCCAAUGGGGAAGUGACAUCUCUCCGAAGGGGCUCUGCCCCCUUGAGAAAGGCUGAGGGCUGGCUCCCGUUGUCGGAAGGUCAGGGACAGAGUGAAGACCCUGAUCCCCUCCUCCAGCAGAUCCACAAUAUCACAUCCUUCAUCAGGCAGGCCAAGGCUGCAGGUCGCACAGAUGAGGUGCGCACACUGCAGGAGAACCUGCGGCAGCUGCAGGAUGAGUAUGACCAGCAGCAGACUGAGAAGGCCAUUGAGCUGUCCCGGAGGCAGGCAGAGGAGGAGGACCUGCAGCGGGAACAGCUUCAGAUGCUCUGCCAGCGUGAAUGGGAACGAGAACAGGAACUGUUCCGGGUGGCAUCCCUGCAUACACGGACUAGGUCCCUAGACUUUCGAGAAGUUGCACCCUUCCAGUUGGAGCCCAGUAGAGGGCCUCGCACUCACCUUGCUUAUGCCUUAGAUCUGGGCUCUUCCCCAGUUCAGGGCAGCUCAGCCCCUGAGACCCCUACACCUGGCUUAGCUCCAGCACCCAUCCACAUGUGGUCUGGGCCCCCAGCCCUUGGCCAGGAAUUACUCCCCCAGAGCACCAUGUCACAACAAAGUGAUAUAUCCUCCCUCAAUCCAUUUGAUGAGGAAGACCUCUCCAGCCCUACAGAGGAAGGUGCUGCCAGCCCUGCUCUAGAGGCUUUCCUGGGCCCUCCAGCUGCUGUCCCUAGGGAGUACAAUCCUUUUGAGGAGGAUGCUGAGGAAGAGGAGGCAGCGUUGGGGGUAAGGAAUCCCUUCACUGACCCAGACAGUCCAGCUCCUAACCCCUUUGAUGAAGAUGACCAACCCCAGCCAAGGCCUUUGAGCCCACCUGCUCCUGGAAACCCCUUUGAGGAGUGCAUCUGCACCAAUCCCUUUGAGGUGGACAGUGACAGUGGCACAGAGGCCGAGGAGCACAUCGAGGAGGAUUUGCUCCUGCAGCAGAUUGACAACAUCAAGGCUUACAUAUUUGAUGCCAAGCAGUGUGGCCGUCUGGACGAGGUGGAGGUGCUGACUGAGAACCUGCGGGAGCUGAAGUGUACCCUGGCCAAGCAGAAGGGGGGGUCUUGACUGACAACAGUGGGCAGGGACCUGAUAGAGGUCUGGGCAGUAGGACAAGGCAGGGGCUACCAAGAGGGAGGAGAGAGGGUGGCCAUCUGGAUGUACACAGGUGAGGGACAGGAAUGUACAGUUCUGUGCUGUGCACUUUGAAGCAUUUCCACUACAGCUUAACAAGAACAGAAGAAAAAAAAAAUCAGCAUUCAUUUGCUGUUUUUUCUGUGUUUUUUUUUUUAAUUUAAAAAUUAUUUUUAAUCGGGGUUUUCCUUUUUCAAGGAGGCUUUAACUUUAUUUCUGAGAUACAUCUCAAUGUAGAUCUGUUAGGACAGGGCAGAAAUGGCUGCUGGGCACCACUUGGUCUGUUUGUUGCUGCCUGUUCUCAGUCAUGAUGCAGGGCAGCCCUUGGCAGGUCCUGUACCCAAAGAGGCAGGAUGGACACUAUGAGCCAUUGUUUGCUCCAGAAAUCUGUCAUUGGGCUGUGGACUCUUUCACCAGGGCUCUCCUCCCUCUCAGAACUGUCUGCUGGGCUGUAAGGGAGGUGCUGUUAUGAAGGGGAAAUCUGGACCCAGAGGGGCCCAGAGUGUCUUUUUAUGGGGCAGGGGAGUGUUGCCAGCAUGGUCCCAUCACAGUUAAAGGAAGUAAAGUUCCCAGUGCAGGGGUAUCUAUGUGGCUUGAGUAUGAAAAAGGACUGAUAAAUUUUUUGGUGGAUGUUAGUAUGAUUUAGGAGAAGUUUCUGCUUGAGCAGUUGUCUGUUCCUUGGAAACUUCCCUUCAGGGCUUAGGCAGAAAGAUUGUUCUUGGUCUCAUUCAAGGGCUGGCUGACUAGUUCAGGAAUUGUGAUCAGGAAGCUUCUGUGGCGUAUCGUCAAGAGAGGUAUCCACUUUGAGUUAGAAGAUAAAUUCUAGUAAGUUCCAAGGCUGUCUGAUCAGUCUUCUUCCCUGUGGUUCAUUCUGACUUGGCACUGGUGAAAUGUUUUCUUACUACUUUUAGUAUUGAGAAAUGGAAAUACUUUGAUGAACAGCCUAGGAUCAUUCCACAUCCCUGAAGUACUUGAACUCUUUGAUAGGACAGAAAGGGAAGUUGUGUAGCUUAGUAUUUUGGUUUACAGGAACAGAGCCCUUGACUGACAGCUGACUCAUAAGCUCCAGGUGUGCUAAGCUUUAGGUAGUUUCUGCAAUGCCACUUGUCAGUUUAUGGACAAUAACUGACCACUAGUCACUUUAUUAACUCUAGACCUUGGCUUCCAUUGGUUACUGGUAUGAGAGCUGAAAUUCUUUUGUCACAUUCUGAUGAAGACCCAUCUUGGUGUCAACCCCUGGGUGUAAAGAUCUCCAUUUUGGCAGCUCUAAUCCCAAUUCUUUAGCACCUGCUGGGCCUUUUGGCUGAAUGAAAAAGUCUUAUAUGGGACUGUGGGAAUGGGGGUGGGGUUGGUGCAAAGGACCCUUUGAGUUUUGCUGACAAAUGUUUAUAGGACUAUGAAUGGAUUACUAGCACCAGCCAGUUGCCAUCUUGCUGGUGCCAUGGGCUGUUCUGCCAUGUUCUGCUAUGGCCUCUUUCUGAGUCCUGGGCCUUUGAUGCUGUUACUUGGAAUUCUGGGCAUAGCAGGCAUGUCCUUCUUUGCUUGGGCUGCCUUUUGUCUGACUGAAGAGGCAGCAGCCCUCUGUACAGAAUGAAGCUCACUGCUGGUUUUCAUUGGCAUCGCUUUUCUUGUAAGACAAGUUCAAGCUUGUUAUUCAGAGUGGUAUGGUUGUAGACAUUGCUUUUCUUAUGAGAAUGGGUUUCUUAAUAAGCUGGAUGAUUCACUAAAUGUACUCCUUCCCUGAACUCAUGCCCAGGAAGUAGUCUGUGGCUGAGAGCACUGAGAAACACAACCGCUUUUAAAAACUGAUUUUUAAAGACCCAACUCACUGAAUAUACUAAACUAACUAAAACCAGAUCCUGGGGGUUUCACUGAGCUCUUCCAUUGAAUUCCUCCCUGGCCAUAUUCUCCUGUAGUUGUGACAUGACAGGAGAGACCUCUCUACCUCUUGGCUGCACCACUUCCCAGAAUUCAUGUGGGCCAAGGUGGGAUUAUGGAGGGAUUGACUGUAGAGAAAAAUGGCCUAUGAAUGUAACCUCAUCAAGUUCUUACCUCAUGUAAACAUUCAUACUUUCUGAAGUCCUUCAGGUCAAACAGCUCCAUCAUGAGUGAAAGAGCAAGUUCUUGAUGGGGUGUUGACCUGUGCCUAGACAUAGGUCAUGUUCAUAUGUGAAAGGGACUUUAGGGCUUCUGAAGCAUCAUGAGACACUGGCCUUUCCUUUGGAAGCCUUGCCUGUGCUCCCUGUCUAACACAGUAAGGGCCCUUACUCAUUGUACUUAUCACUCUACUGCUCAUAACAUCUUUUCAGAUGCUAAAACGCUCCUCUAAAUCAUCAUGAGUCAUGUGGCAUAGUUAUGUGAUGGGACUCAUAUUGAAAAGUUGGUGGUCUUCUUUAAUAGGUCACAGACUGGAGGAGUGGGUUGUGUUGGUUAUUUUAUGGUGACUGUCAGCUUGAUGGUCACUGAUAUGCAUGUACUAUGCUGGGGCCUUGUAUCAGCUUUUAUUAAAAAAAUAAAACAA